ACCGAGAGAAAGCGAGAGAAUCCCAGGCAGGCUCCGCACAGCCAGCGCAGAACCUGGCACGCGGCUCGAACCCACCAACCGCGAGCCCAAGUUGGACGCUUAACCGACUGACCCACCCAGGCGCCCCUUUACCGUCUUCCUUCUUGAAAGAGCCGUAGUUAGUCUUUAUGAGCAAAAGUAAGAGCCAGAGUUACUAAGGGGAAGCCAGGUCAAACUUCUGAUUGAAAAUAAACUCAAAGAUUGAUUUUAUCUUUGAUGUUUCUCUCUCCCCUUCCUGUGUUUCUCCUCAGCACCCCCUCUUCCCCCCGGGUGUGCACAGCACGUGCACGCAUGUACGCACAUACACGCUCAUGUGAAAAGCAUUUUAAGUGCGGAUCAUCCUGGGGAGGCGUAUGGCACAGAAUCGUGGCACUGCCCUUUGAGGAGACCCAGCCUGCCGUUCCCAUUGUCAUGGUUACUGGCCUGGCCCCCAGGGCUGGUCUCAGACCAGAGGCUUUCAGCUCUUCUUCACACUCCCCUCCCUGCACCUGCCUCACAGCAAAAGAGGGACCUUCGGAGUACAAAAUCGGACAGCUGUACAUGAUCAGCAAGCACAGCCACGAACAGAGCGACCGAGGAGAAGGGGUGGAGGUCGUCCAGAAUGAGCCCUUUGAGGAUCCUCACCACGGCAACGGGCAGUUCACCGAGAAGCGGGUGUAUCUCAACAGCAAACUGCCCAGCUGGGCUAGAGCUGUUGUUCCCAAAAUAUUUUACGUUACAGAAAAGGCUUGGAACUAUUAUCCCUACACGAUUACAGGUAAGUCCUGUUCCUUUCUGCCAAAAUUCUCCAUUCAUAUAGAAACCAAGUAUGAAGACAACAAGGGAAGCAACGACCGCGUCCAAUGGAGGUUCAUCUGCUUCCAGACCACGGGUGACCGUGGGUAACCGAAACCACGGAACGCGACAUGCGGACAAGGGGAUAUUUACUAUAUUUGCAGGGACUGACUUGGCUUGUACCAGGUCACUUCAGCUUCCUAAACUAAGUUAAGAAACCUGGAGUUUAUCAGGGGUCAGCAAACUACCUUUUUUGUCAAUAAAGUUUUAUUGGAACACAA